AUGUUCUCCCUCCCUACUGAGCAGAUAGCCCUGAAUGUUGGGUUGGGUUGGGAGAAGGCUCUUAAACGCCAUUGGCUGCAGCUGGGAGGGAAAAUAGCCAGUGCUCCCUCUUUGGGAUCCCGGUCCUUAGGUAGAAAUGUCCAAUGGCUGUCUCUGACCUUGGAAGUUCAGGGUCUCUGUGUUACGCCUCCUAUCUUGGUCUGGCAUGCAUGCUGCCCAAACAACUUCUUCCAUGUUUGGGGCACUUGCAUGCCAUGGUCUUUUUCUUUCUCGAGUCAGUUACUGAUUGUAAAAUACACGCAAGACUGUUAA